GCCCCGCCGCGCGCUCGCUUGCCGCCCGGCAGCACAUGUGUUUCUGUUUUGUGUUGUAGCAUUUGUUCUGGAAGCUCGUAUUUACAUUUUAAGUGUAUCUGGUGAGUGGGCUGCAGCCCUCGUCUGGGCCGGAAAAAGAAAGGAGCCCUGCGGCCCAUCUUUUAGUCGCUCCUCUCCCCUUUUCGCUCCGGUUUCUCAUCACUCCAACCAGCCGCGACCAUGCCCAGGAAGAAGGCGGCGGCGGCGGCCUGGGAGGAGCCGAGCUCCGGCAACGGCACGGCCCGCGCGGGGCCCAGAAAGCGCGGCGGCCCAGGGGGCAGGAAGCGCGAGCGGCCCGAGCGCUGCAGUAGCAGCAGCGGCGGCGGCAGCAGCGGCGACGAGGACGGCCUGGAGCUCGACGGGGCCCCCGGCGGCGGCAAGCGCGCGGCGCGAUCGGCGACGGCGGGCAAGGCUGGCGGCGCGGCCGUGGUCAUCACCGAACCCGAGCACACCAAGGAGCGCGUUAAACUUGAAGGGUCUAAGUGCAAAGGGCAGCUUCUGAUUUUUGGGGCGACCAACUGGGACUUGAUCGGUCGGAAAGAAGUGCCGAAGCAACAAGCUGCCUACCGCAAUCUUGGUCAGAACCUGUGGGGGCCGCACAGAUAUGGCUGCCUAUCAGGGGUCCGAGUGCGGACGGUGGUCUCUGGUUCGUGUGCUGCCCACAGCCUCCUCAUCACCACUGAAGGAAAGCUGUGGAGCUGGGGUCGAAAUGAGAAAGGGCAGCUGGGCCAUGGUGACACCAAGAGAGUGGAAGCCCCCAGACUCAUCGAGGGUCUCAGCCACGAAGUGAUUGUGUUGGCGGCCUGUGGGCGCAACCACACGCUGGCAUUGACAGAAACGGGCUCUGUUUUUGCUUUUGGAGAGAACAAGAUGGGGCAGCUGGGCCUUGGCAAUCAGACUGAUGCCGUCCCCAGCCCCGCACAGAUAAUGUACAAUGGCCAACCAAUUACCAAAAUGGCCUGUGGAGCUGAGUUCAGUAUGGUAAUGGACUGCAAAGGAAACCUCUACUCCUUUGGGUGCCCCGAGUAUGGCCAGCUGGGACACAACUCAGAUGGGAAGUUUAUUGCUCGGGCGCAGCGGAUAGAGUACGACUGCGAGCUGGUGCCUCGGCGGGUGGCCAUCUUCAUUGAGAAGACAAAGGAUGGGCAGAUUUUGCCCGUCCCAAAUGUGGUGGUGCGAGACGUGGCCUGUGGCGCUAAUCACACGCUGGUCCUGGACUCCCAGAAGCGUGUCUUCUCUUGGGGCUUUGGUGGCUAUGGCCGACUGGGCCACGCAGAGCAGAAGGAUGAGAUGGUGCCUCGUCUGGUGAAGCUGUUUGACUUCCCCGGGCGGGGGGCAUCCCAGAUCUAUGCUGGCUACACCUGCUCCUUCGCCGUCAGUGAAGUGGGUGGGCUGUUUUUCUGGGGAGCCACCAACACCUCCCGUGAGUCUACCAUGUACCCGAAAACAGUGCAGGAUCUCUGUGGCUGGAGGAUCCGGAGCCUGGCCUGUGGGAAGAGCAGCAUCAUUGUGGCGGCGGAUGAGAGCACCAUCAGCUGGGGUCCCUCGCCAACCUUUGGGGAACUGGGUUACGGGGACCAUAAGCCCAAGUCUUCCACUGCAGCCCAGGAGGUGAAGACUCUGGACGGCAUCUUCUCAGAGCAGGUGGCCAUGGGCUACUCGCACUCCUUGGUGAUUGCACGAGACGAAAGUGAGACAGAGAAGGAGAAGAUCAAGAGGCUGCCAGAGUACAAUCCUCGCACCCUCUGAGGCGGGCACACCUCCCCCUUGCGGCAGCUGUCAUUUCCACGUGCACUGGGACGGGAAGUCAAAUGAGGAGUCUAGGAAGCAAAAGUUGACCGAAGGUGCAUUUUGUUACUCCCUGAGGUUCCGUUUUCUAAGUGAUUCAACGUUAACUACCUUUUUCUGUAUGCUUUCCAAAGUGUUUUUUUCUCAACCUGUAAUUAAAAUAUUUGCUCAUAGUUGACUUACCAUUCCUACAAAAGAAGCAGAAACUUUGAGCAAUUUAGGUUUUUU